UGCGUUUUAAAGUCUUUCAGAUCACCUUGAGAUGGUUCUUUUCAUCCUACGAUAUCUCUCCUGCCUCAUCCUUUUUGUACUCGGGUUAAAAGCACCGGGAAUUAUGCAAACGGUCGAUUAUUUCAGUUUGAACGAUUCAACGAGGAACCUAACGGGAGCGCAGCGGAAUGAUAAUCAAUCGACAUGGAAGAACUUUUGGAAGAAGAUGUGCACCUUGGCGCCGUUUUUGUGGCCGAAAAAGGAUUGUUGUUUGCAGUUUCGGGUGAUUUUUUGUUUUUUGUUGUUGGCGGGAGGACGAGUUAUUAAUUUGUAUGUUCCGAUUUAUUCGAAAUUUAUUGUUGAUAGUAUGACUGUGGUACCAGUAACUUUCCGUUGGGAUUUCGUUCUAAUCUACGUCGGCUUCAAAUUCCUCCAAGGCGGCGGUACCGGCGGAAUGGGCUUCCUAAACAACCUCCGCACAUUCUUAUGGAUAAAAAUCCAACAGUACACCACACGCGAAAUCGAAGUCGAACUCUUCCGCCACCUCCACAGCCUAUCCCUACGUUGGCACCUCUCCCGAAAAACCGGCGAAGUUUUAAGAAUCAUGGAUCGAGGCACCGACAGCAUUAAUAACCUCUUAAAUUACAUCUUAUUCUCGAUCACCCCAACGAUUAUCGACAUUAUCAUCGCCGUCGCGUUCUUUGUCGUCGCUUUUAACGUUUGGUUCGGAUUGAUUGUGUUUACAACGAUGGGGUUGUAUAUUCUUUUAACGAUUGUUAUCACGGAGUGGAGAACGAAGUAUCAGAGGCGAAUGAAUUUGGCCGAUAAUGCAACGAGGGCUCGAAGUGUUGAUUCUUUGUUGAAUUUUGAAACUGUUAAGUAUUAUGGCGCUGAACAGUAUGAAGUUGAUGCGUUUAGGGAAGCGAUUAAAACUUUUCAGGUUGAAGAAUGGAAAAGUACCAUAACAUUAAACAUUUUAAAUACGAUACAAAACAUAAUAAUUUGCGGUGGUUUGUUGGCCGGAAGUUUGUUAUGCGUCCAUAUGGUGGUUGAUGAGCACACCUUACAAGUGGGCGAUUACGUCUUGUUUGCGAGUUACAUCGUGCAGCUUUAUGUGCCUUUGAAUUGGUUCGGGACGUAUUACAGAGCGAUCCAAAAGAAUUUCGUCGAUAUGGAGAACAUGUUCGAUUUAAUGAAGGAAGAACAAGAAGUUAUCGACGCUCCGGGAGCGGGAUCUUUGAUUAUAAAGCACGGAUCGAUCGAAUUCAACAACGUUAGCUUUGGGUAUAUGCCCGAAAAGCUCGUUCUCAAAAAUAUCACGUUUAGUGUCCCCCCCGGAAAAACCGUCGCUUUGGUUGGUCCUUCGGGUAGCGGGAAAAGCACCAUAAUCCGGUUGUUAUUCCGCUUUUACGACGUCGAAACCGGCUCGAUAAUCCUCGAUGGCCAAAAUAUAAAAACGGUUACCCAAGAAUCGUUGCGUCGAAAUAUAGGGGUGGUCCCUCAAGACACCGUGCUUUUCAACAACACCAUUAAAUAUAACAUUCAAUACGGGCGCAUCACCGCUCCGGAUGCUGAUAUUUACCAAGCAGCUCGCGGGGCUGAUAUCCACGAUCGAAUAUUAACGUUCACCGAUGGUUAUGACACCCAAGUAGGGGAGAGAGGGUUGCGAUUGAGCGGCGGGGAAAAACAAAGAGUUGCGAUUGCAAGAACGCUUUUAAAAGCCCCCCAAAUUAUUUUAUUGGAUGAAGCAACGAGUGCUUUAGACACUCAAACGGAACGAAACAUUCAAGAGUCUUUGAAUAAGAUGUGCGCGGAUCAUACCACGAUUAUCGUGGCGCAUAGGUUAUCGACGAUUAUCCAUGCGGACGAAAUUUUAGUGUUAAAAGAUGGGGAGAUUGUUGAGAGGGGAAGACAUGAGCAUUUAAUUGGUCAAGAAGGUAUUUACGCGGAUAUGUGGCAAAAGCAGCUAGAAAAUCGUGAUGGGGAGUCAUCCCUUGAACAAAGCCAAAGGAGCGAGAGUUAAAAAAAAUAAUAAUAAAUUUUUUUUUUAGUUAAGAUAUCUAUCUUAUAUUUUAAGUACGUACAGUUAACUCUUUGUUUUUAUUUUGUCUUGUAUUGACCCAAAAAAACUCAUUAUAAAAACUAAUUUUUUUUUUGAUUAAUGAUUUGUAGCUAUUUUCUUGUUGUAGUUAUUUGAUGGUAAAGAAAAUUGUUAAGGUUUAAAUAAAUUUAGGGUUAAGUAAGGAGCA